AGAAAGAGUGCUCUAAAUUAAGGACACAAGCCUGUCUCCAGGCCUGACCAUCUGCAAACUCACUGUUACUCCUGAAUAUUUUUCAUAUGACAAAUCUAAGCUAAUAUUUUGUCCCAAAGCACAAGCCCAGUGAGACUAGAGGACAACAGUCUGUUUGUUGUGGAAUAGAGCAUGAGAAAUAUUUACACACUUUCCUACUGAUCUUCUGUUUGAUUCACCAAAUAUUUAUAUAUGUGUGUGAGGGGCCAUGGCAGGAUGGGUGGACCAGAAAGGAUGAAGACAGUUACUGUCCCAAGGGGCUUAGAGCUAGUUGAAGAGUAAGUGGUUGCCCAACUCAUUGUGCAAUAAUCAGCCAAGACUCAAGUGCUUUGAGGAUGCAGAGAAGGGAGGACUUAACUGUAAUUAGGGUCUACCACAAAGACUUCUGAUAAGGGGUAAAAAAAAAAUACAUAUGCAUAUACACAGAUUAAAAAAACAUUUGUAUAUAUUAAAGUCAUAGUUUUAUACUAAAUAUAUAUAAAUACAUACUCACAUUUACAUAUACCAUAUUCCUUUUCAGUUGAACUGCUGUUUAGGGAAUAAUUUAUAAAGGCAACAAAAGUUGUGGUUAAGAUCUUUGGAUUUAGUAUCAAACAGACCUUGUCCUGCCAACACCUUGAUUUUGGCCCGGUGAAAUGGAUUAGAGACUUCUGGCCUCCAGAACUUUGAGAGAAUAGAUUUGUGUUGUUUUAAGGAAAAAGAAAUUUGGAAAAUCUUUAGUGAGGCUAUACUGUUGGAAGUAGAAUGUGGAAGACAAUGAGUGAUGGACUUUUUAAUGUUUAAUAAUUAAAUACAUACAAAGUUAUAUCCAUAUCAUAAUUUGACUUUAUAUGAUGUAAAUAUGUUGAAGAAUUCAAACUGAAUGUAUGGACUUUGGAUUCAGCAAUACAAAGGGGCGAACUUAGAUUCUGACCCCUAAAUAGACUAUCUUGUUCAAUAUUCAGGUCCCAGAGCCUUAACUUUCUUAACCAUAAGAUGGGCAUAAUAGCACCUAUCUCGUAUGAGUUCAAAGCUGUAAUAUACCAGAAGAUUUUAGCAUGAAUCUUACACACAGUACCUUCUCUCUAUACACUAGUUUUUUACCUUUUUAUCAUCCCAUAAUCCCCUCUCAUACUUUCAUUUGAAUUUUGUUGCUGCCUCUUCUUUAAUCAUCAGGUUAAUUCAAAUUUGUCACAAUGGAGAAUAGCACAGAAGUCACCGAGUUUAUCCUCUUGGGAUUAACAGAUGACCCCAAUCUUCAGAUACCCCUCCUCCUGGCAUUUUUAUUCAUCUACCUCAUCACGCUGGUUGGGAAUGGGGGAAUGAUGGUGAUCAUCCACUCAGACUCCCAUCUCCACACUCCAAUGUACUUCUUCCUCAGUAACCUCUCCUUUGUAGACUUGGGUUACUCAUCAGCUGUAGCCCCCAAAACAAUGGAUGCAUUGCAGUCAGGGGACAAGGUCAUCUCCUACAAUGGAUGUGCAGCUCAGUUCUUCUUUUUCGUGGGGUUUGCCACUGUUGAGUGCUACCUCCUGGCCUCCAUGGCCUAUGACCGCCAUGCAGCGGUAUGUAGGCCCCUACAUUACACCACCACCAUGACAGCAGGUGUGUGUGCCCUCCUUGCUAUUGGUUCCUAUGUCUCUGGCUUCCUCAAUGCCUCUAUCCAUGCAGCAGGCACCUUCAGACUCUCCUUCUGUGGUUCUAAUGAGAUUAAUCAUUUCUUCUGUGACAUUCCCCCACUCCUGUCUCUCUCAUGCUCCAACACACGCAUCAGCAAGUUGGUGGUCUUCUUCGUGGUGGGCUUCAAUGUCUUCUUCACCCUCCUGGUCAUCCUCAUUUCUUACUUAUUCAUAUGCGUCACCAUUCAAAGGAUGCGUUCUGCUGAAGGGCGGAAGAAAGCCUUCUCCACCUGUGCUUCCCACCUCACUGCUGUGUCCAUCUUCUACGGCACAAUCAUCUUCAUGUACUUACAGCCCAACUCCAGCCAGUCCAUGAACACAGACAAAAUAGCCUCUGUGUUUUACACAGUGGUGAUUCCCAUGCUGAAUCCCUUGAUCUACAGCCUUAGGAACAAAGAAGUGAAAAGUGUUCUCUGGAAAAUACUCAACAAACUUUACCCCCAAUAUUAAGUGUGAGUGGGAAGUAGGCAAGCAAUUAAGGGAUAAACUUUCUCUCCCUCCUAAAUGCCAUCAUGACUUUUAAGAUUUGGCUGGCUUCUUUCUUCCCGAAGAACAGUGGUUACUUCUGCUAUCAGAGAAGAUGUUAAAAGCAGCACAUUGAAAAGUCUUACUUACAAAGAUAAUCUUGUAUUUAGUGAACAGCAACAUGAGACAGUUAAGCUUUUCUUGAUUUAGUUUUUUGAUGUGGUUCAAAGCAGAAGAUGGAAGCAUACAACCGAAUGUGCUGAAUUUUCCUAACCAUACUUUUAACUCUAAGAAUUUUUCAUUCACUGUUAAACUUGGUGUAGAGAUCCCACUUUCAUUUAUAAUAUUUAUCAACUAAACAUGCAGUAUUGUUUUUUAUUUCUUUGUUCUGUGAGUUUGAAAGUUGGACUUUCUAAUGUAGACAAAGGAUGUUUCAAUAGUUUAAAUGAUAUUUCAGAGAAAGUUGUAAUUUAAAGGACAGGGCACUAAAUCAAGAGUUAGGUGGCCGAAGAUUAAAUCCUUCCAACCUCAUACUCUCCCUUCCCUACCACAUUCCUGCCCUUACUCACUUGUCAUGUGCCUCCGCAAUUGCCAUUUCCUUUUGCUAAGGUGUUGGGGAAACAAUAAACCUUGUUGUAUACAGACGUAUGAAAACAUUUUAAUAGAUGAAUGAUUUAAACUUUAACCUUUCUUUGGAGAGCCUACACUAUCUUCUGUGUUUCUUGUGUCUAACAUAAUUACCAAAACUUCCAGAAGGUUUAGAGAAAAAAAGGCUAUUUUCCCUGAAGCUAUGAAAAAAUAUAUUUGUCUUCUGAAUUAAAUGCUUGCAUUUCUUAGCACCCUUAAGUUUGGUGAAUCUAUUA